AUGGCGACCACGGUGGCGACACGGAACACCGUAACACUCCGGGGGAGCACGGCGACGGUGACAGAAUUCUUCCAGACUGCCCUGUCUUCCAUCCUAUACCAGCGCGGCGUCUACCCUCCCGAGUCAUUCGAGCCCAGGAAAAAGUAUGGACUCACCGUGAUGGCGGUGAAGGACUCCAAGCUGGAGAGCUAUCUGGAUUCGGUCCUCACCCAAUUCAAAGACUGGCUCGCCCUCGGAACGUUGCAGCAGGUGGUAUUGGUCAUCGCAUCGCGCGUGACAAAACAAGUCCAGGAGAGGUGGGCUUUCGACAUCCAGACCGACAAGGAUGUCAUCAGCACACAAGUAUUCCCUGAGAAACCAGAGGCCCAGAUCACCGGCGAGAUCCAGGCUAUCAUUCGCCAAAUCACUGCCAGUAUCACCUUCCUGCCCCUUCUCAGCGACGCCUGUGCGUAG